GCGCGGUAAAGGACAAUUUGUGAAAGGUAGCUUACUCCCGCAGAAAUUCUUGAAUUAUCUUCACUGUCAUUUCAAGAAGCCGAGGAAGUAAUGCAAUCUUUGGAAGGCCAACAAAAAAUAUACAGUAACCCAAACCAAAAAGCAGCCACUCCAGUUUACUCUCUGAAUACCGUAAACGGCGAUGAUGAAUGUAAUUUGGAAACAAAAAACAACGGUGGUACUCCAAAGCAGCGAACGAACACAACUCCAGGAGCAUUCAGGAAACAGCCCUUUAGAAGCAGCUCCAAGUUAAGACAACCAUUUAAGUCACCUAUUCAGACGAGACAGCAGACUACAUCUCUUGAAGAUGAAGCAUCUCUGGUCAAAGAGAUUGAAACUUUAAAAGCCAAGUUAGAGAUUCUGGACAACGAGAUCAAAGACCUCAGUGAAGAGUACAGUGAAAAGGAGCUCCAGCAGCAAAUACAGAUGCUUCAUGAGUACAAUGAAAUCAAAGAUGUGGGGCAACUUCUCCUUGGAAAAUUAGCUGAAAUAGAUGGAACAACAACAAGAGCCAUGUAUCAGGAGUUUGGAUUGGAUACUGACGACUAAACUAAAAUCAGCAAAAUAGGCUUGUGCAGUCCCCAUUCUGGAUGGAUAGUAAAGUGCCGUCCAUAGGCCUUGUGUGGCUGUGUGAACAUGGAACUUUU